UGUUUGGACAAGGAAAAUAUAGAAUCUAUGGCUAUUGGUGAUCAGCAUUUUGGGAUAGACCAAAAUUCACCAUUUAUUACGAACGAGUCAAAUACCGAGCCAACUACAGAUGGGAAUCAUAGCUACGGUGGACUGCUCACAGGAGCCACGAUAGAAAGUAGACUACCUUUGAACAACGAUACUGCUAACACAGUGAUGGACACAAGAAAUAACCAACAUCGAAAGAGGAAAGUUGAGUUGACCAACGAAGAGUUACAAGAAAAGAGAAGGAAGGCUGCUGAGUACCAACGUCAAUAUCGAGCACGAAAAAAGGCUGAGUUGCAAAAUAAGAAAACCACGAGCAUUGCCAACCAAGACAGUGGUGGAGUAAUUGUUCAACCGUCCACAACCGCAAGUGCGAAUUUGGGAACUGGAUUAUCGACAAUAGUGCAAAUUGAUGACUCUGGGGAGCCUAGAGAUUGGUUACACAAAAAUGAUAAUUAUGUUCCUACACGUAGGGAACCACCUAUUACAGCUGAGACAGAAGGACAAUUACCCGCGCAACACAGGAACCAUGUACAUGUCCACUCCGAUGAAGAAGAAUUUGACCGUGAACUAUUUGAACCAAUAAAUGGUGGAAGGGAUGGUGAUGAAGAUGACAUGGAAGAUGGACAUGGAUUGCACAAUGAAAACUUAGACGAUGAUGACAGAUUCAUUCAGCGACAUGCACAAGGUCAACGCUAUGAGUCAUAUCGCGUGCUUCCAGAGGGAAAGGCUGCGAAUGUUCAGCCACAUGAUGAUCCAUAUGACUACAUCUACCAAAACCUACCAGAACGAUAUAAAUUGAGAAAUGUCCCUGACUGCAGUUAUUGUGGUGCGAUUAGGUUUCAAUAUGAGACACCCGGAUUUUGUUGUAGAAAGGGCAAAGUACAGAUACAUAUACCAGAUGUUCCUUCAGAGCUAAAGAGGUUGUUCACAAGCCAAGUGCAUAGUGAUGCAAAGUAUUUCAGGAAACAUAUACGUUAUAUCAACUCACAUUUUGCGUUUGCAAGUCUAGGGGUCACCACUGACGAUAGUGUAAAAAGUCCAGCAGGGUCUGGUGUUUACACAUUUCGAGUUCAGGGCGGGUUGUACCACCGUCUUGACCAUCUUGUGGCAGGUGAUGACAGUGCUCGACAUCUACAGUUAUACUUUUAUGAUACAGAAGAUGGAGCCUUAUCACAUAGGGUCAAAAGAUCCCCCGAUCUUAAUGUAAACCUCAUACGGACUAUCCUUGCAAUAUUGCAAGAUAACCCAUAUGUGAGUACUUUUAGGAGAAAUAGGGAUUUUCCAAAUUUGGAUGAGUACCGGAUCGAACUCAAUACAAAUGUCACACCUGACCAAAGAAAGUACAAUGCCCCAACGACAUCCCAAGUUGCUGCUAUCUGGAUGGAAGGAAACGAUCCACAAAGAAGUUUUGAUAGAAGUGUGAUAGUAUAUGGGAAAUCUGAUCGUCGUCCACAAUAUAUCCGAGCAUGGCAUGGUUGUUAUGACCCCUUAGCUUAUCCUUUAUAUAACCCACGAGGAGAAACAGGAUGGAACAAGUUUAUGCCGUACAGUGGGAGUCCGUACAGUGGAAGUCCAGACGCUCCACCAGCUUCAACACCGGCAUCUACUAAUAAUCAUGCGGAGAAUCAAGUGCAAGAAGGAGACAAUGACGUACAAGAAGGGGACAUGCUGGGUGCAGCUGCAGAACAAUCUUCUAGAUAUGUCACUGCACGAGAAUACUACUGCUUCAAGUUGCAAAUUAGACGGGGAAUUUUCAACAUUUUAUUAUUCGGAGGGCGUCUUUUCCAGCAGUGGGCUGUGGAUAUGUAUAUAAAAAUUGAGUCUAUGAGACUAGAUUGGUACUCUAAUCCUGAUAAUCAAAAACUUAUACGUGCGGAAUUAUACCAGGGACUGGUUGAUGUUAUCUCUGUUGGUGAGACGCAGGGUUCUAAGGUUGGAAAGAGAAUUGUGUUGCCAAGAUCAUUCCCAGGAUGCGAUCGAGACAUGCAACAAAGAUUCCUUAAUGCUAUGGCUAUUGUGCAACGAUUUGGCAAGCCUGAUUACUUCAUCACCAUGACAUGCAAUCCAUACUGGGAAGAGAUAACAAGCAAUCUAGAACCAGGCCAGGACCCACAAGAUAGGCCGGAGCUGGUUGCGAGAGUGUACAGGGCAAAAUUGCGGGAUCUAAAAGAUCUACUCAUCAAGAGGAAGUAUUUUGGUGAAGUCGCUGCAUAUGUUCAUGUUACAGAGUUCCAAAAAAGGGGUCUGCCACAUGAGCAUUUAUUGUUGAUUAUGAAAUCAGGGAGUAAGUUGACCACCCCAGAUGCAUAUGAUCGAGUUAUUUCAGCAGAGAUACCAGACAAGGACAAAUAUCCAGACUUGCAUGAUCUUGUUAUCAGCCAUAUGCUACAUGGCCCAUGUGGAGUGCUAAACAAAAAAUGUGCAUGCAUGGUCAAUGAAGAGUGUCGGUUUCAAUACCCUAGACAGUUCUGUGAGGCAACCCAACAAGGCAAUGACUCCUAUCCAACCUACCGGAGAAGGGAUGACGGACGUCGAGUCAAGAUUAGGAAAGCAGAGUUAGAUAACAGGUGGGUGGUGCCAUACAACCCAGGUCUGCUCUUCAGAUACAACUGUCACAUAAAUGUUGAGGCAUGCUCAAGCAUUAAAGCAGUGAAGUAUCUAUUUAAGUAUGUUUAUAAAGGCCAUGACCAAGCAUCAAUCUCAGUAAAUGCAGAUCAAAAUGAUACAGAUGAUGGUGUCAUCAAUGAAAUAAAACAGUAUAGGAAUGCUAGGUACAUAUCUGCACCAGAAGCUGUGCAUAGAAUAUUUGGAUUCCCGAUGUUUGGAGUUUACCCUGCAGUAUUGCAACUUCAGCUACAUUUGCCUAAUAUGCAGUCUGUGACAUAUAAUGAGGAUGAAAACCUGGAGGAUGUUGUGAGGCGCACCAGUUCUAAUAGGACAACACUGACAGAAUAUUUCAGUAAAAAUAGUGAAGAAGUGGCAGCAAGGAAAAUAUUAUAUAGGGAAUUUCCAGAACACUACCGGUGGAUCACAGGGAAAAAGAUGUGGCAAAGAAGAAAAAUAGCAUCAGCGCAGAUAGGGCGGAUUGUCUAUGCUAACCCUGCUGAAGGGGAGAGAUACUUCCUAAGAGUACUACUAAAUCAUGUGAGAGGUGCAACAUCUUUUGAGGAUUUGAGAACAGUGGCUGGUGUAACAUACUCUACUUUUAGGGAAGCGUGUGAGAAAAGAGGCCUUAUCGAGACAGAUAGAUCAAUCGAUGAUUGCUUGACUGAGGCCACCACUUUUCAGAUGCCGUGUGCCUUGCGGAGGUUGUUUGCUACAAUUCUUGUGUUUGGCGAGGCCACUAACAUACGUGGACUGUGGGAGAAGCAUAAGGAGGCGCUAGGUGAAGACUACAGUCGGGACAACAGCAACCCGUCGAUAGUGGAGCAAAUGGUGCUCAGGGACAUAAGAGAUAUGCUUCACUCGAUGGGUAAAAAUAUUAGAGAUUAUGGUCUGCCACCUAUUUGUGAGAUCGGUCCAACAUCCAUUGACAUGAUGAAAGAAGUUAGGGAGGAGCAGAAUGUCUAUGUUGAACAAGAACACCUAGAUAUUUUUAAUUCUCUGAACAAGGAGCAGAGACAAGGGUUUGAUGAAAUCAUUCAGCAUGUCUUUGACAAAAAGAGCCAAGUUUUUUUUGUGGAUGGUCCAGGAGGAACAGGAAAGACGUUCCUAUACAAGGCGCUCCUUGCUAGAGUUCGUUCGAAAGGUUUAAUAGCCAUUGCAACAGCCACAUCUGGUAUAGCAGCAUCAAUAUUGCCCGGAGGACGCACUGCACACUCCAGAUUUAAAAUUCCAAUUAAAAUUGGGGAGAACACAAUGUGCAGCUUUUCAAAGCAAAGUGGCACUGCCGAGUUGCUUCGUAGAGCCUCGUUGAUUAUUUGGGAUGAAGUUGCCAUGACCAAGCGACAGUGUGUCGAGACACUUGAUAGGUCCCUACAGGAUAUCAUGGAAUGUGGUUUGCCAUUUGGAGGAAAGGUCAUGGUAUUUGGAGGAGACUUUAGACAGGUCCUUCCUGUGGUGCCACGUGGGACAAGAGCACAGGUAACUGAUGCUACUUUGCAGAAAUCAUAUUUGUGGGACCAAAUAAGAAAGAUACGAUUGACACAAAACAUGAGAGCACAGUCAGACCCUUGGUUUUCUGAGUACCUGCUACGAAUCGGAAACGGAACCGAAGAAACAAUUGGAGAUGAUUAUGUUCGACUCCCUGAUGACAUUGUGAUUGGAUAUACUGACACGGAUGAGGCAGUCAAUAGACUCAUUUCCUCAGUGUUCCCGUCACUUGAAGAGCAUGCAACAUCGGCUGCCUAUAUGAGCGGACGGGCCAUUCUAUCAACCAAAAAUGAACAUGUUGAUAGGCUGAAUGCAUUGAUGAUUGAAAGGUUUCCAGGUGAGGAGAAGGUUUACCACAGCUUUGACACAAUCGUUGAUGAUCCUCAAAAUCACUUCCCUAUUGAUUUUUUGAACUCAAUAACUCCAAAUGGCCUUCCUCCACAUGAGCUAAAACUGAAAAUCAAUUGUCCUGUGAUUCUUCUACGUAAUCUAGAUCCUAACAACGGCUUGUGCAAUGGAACAAGGCUAAUGGUCAGGGCAUUGCAAGACAAUGCAAUUGAUGCUGAGAUCGUUGGUGGUCAACAUGUGAGAAAAAGAGUGUUCAUACCAAGGCUACCAUUGUCUCCCUCGGAUGAUAUUUCUCUUCCUUUUAAGUUCAAGAGAAAACAAUUCCCAGUGAGGUUAAGUUUUGCCAUGACAAUAAAUAAAUCGCAGGGACAGACCAUCCCAAACGUUGGGAUCUACCUUCCAGAGCCCGUGUUCUCACAUGGACAGCUUUAUGUUGGUUUAUCAAGGGGUGUGUCAAGAUCAACAACAAGAAUUUUAGCCAAACCGAAAGAGGAAUUGGAUCCUACAGGGAAGAGCACCAAGAAUAUAGUUUUCAAAGAUGUCCUAAAUUGGUGAUAAACCGUUGAUAUACUCAGUGUUCAGACUUUAUCAGAAGCAUCAUCCUUCGCGUCCUCCCACUGCUGCUUCGGCGGAGGCGUGCCCUCCGCAUUCCUGACCGUGGCCAGCUUCUCUGCCAGUCUCUGCACCAGUGCCCUCUGACCCCUUUCUCUGCAAGGAACGAACAAUAAUCAAAUCAAAUGAGAGGCCCAGUUGAAGCCGGUUUCACCACACAAGAAUUCUAGCAAAACCAAAAGAGGAAUUGGAUACUACAGGGAAGAACACAAAGAAUAUAGUUUACAAAGAUGUCCUAAAUUGGUGAUAAACUGUUGGUAUACUCAGUGUUGACAGGUGCCAAACCUUAUCAAAGAUGACAUGGGACAUAUGACAUGACACAAAGAAAAAUGGCAUCUUCAUUGCCCUGAGACCAUAACAAGUUGAUGCACUUUGUCAAGAAAUAAUAGACUUUACUGAACAAAACAAUUGUUUGGUUGUACUGUAAUAAACUAUGUGUGUGUUGAAUUUCUGAUACAAAACUAUCUAUAUGUCUUACCUGAUAUAUAGGGAGCGCACUGCAGCUUCUCAGCAAGUCUGGUGAA